AAUAGAUUAGGCACUACGGGUAGAUGAGCCUGCUUUCUGCCAAUGGUUCAUACAGGCUAUUCUGUAUUCUAGUUACUAUAGACAAUCAAUGACAGGGUGUACUAGAGCCACAAUACAGCACAUACUAUUUAUUUAUUUAGAACUGUCGGUACCAAGUUCAACAAAAGUAGGAAAUAAAACUCUAGUCUCCAGUCAUGGCUUUAGUGGGAGUUAGAGCUUCAUACCACAGGAUUCUUAACCAGAUAGAGCUCAAACUACCUGCUAAACUGAGACCUUUCUACAACCAUCCAGCAGGUCCAAAGACAGUCUUCUUCUGGGCACCAGUGUGUAAAUGGGGUCUGGUUAUGGCUGGCAUGGCUGAUAUGACAAGGCCAGCUGAUAAACUGAGUCCCUCUCAGUCUGGAGUACUCAUGACUACAGGUGUUAUUUGGUCCCGAUAUUCUCUUGUCAUUAUUCCGAAGAACUGGGGUCUCUUUUUUGUCAACGGUUUUCUUGGAUUGGCAGGAGCCAAUCAACUUGUUAGAAUCUGGAUGUACCAACAGGAAGUAAAGAAGCAACAGGACGAGAAGGCCCAGAUCCCCAUCAUAUAACGCACGCACGCACGCACGCGCACACACACACACACACACACACACACACACACACACACACACACACACACACACACACACACACACGUAUUUAAUUUCUUCAUGUCUUAAUCCAUUUUAAUGAAAAGUCUGUAAAGUCAACCCUCAACAGUCACUAACACUGGUUUGAUAUACAGUACAUAGCACAGGUCUUAUAUACAGUACAUAUCACAGGUCUUAUAUACAGUACAUAUCACAGGUCUUAUAUACAGUACAUAUCACAGGUCUUAUAUACAGAACAUAUCACAGGUCUUAUAUACAGUACAUGUCACAGGUCUUAUAUAUAGUACAUAUCACAGGUCUUAUAUACAGUACAUAUCACAGGUCUUAUAUACAGUACAUAUCACAGGUCUUAUAUACAGUACAUAUCACAGGUCUUAUAUAUAGUACAUAUCACAGGUCUUAUAUAUAGUACAUAUCACAGGUCUUACAUACAGUACAUAUCACAGGUCUUAUAUACAGUACAUAUCACAGGUCUUAUAUACAGUACAUAUCACAGGUCUUAUAUACAGUACAUAUCACAGGUGGCCGGUUGCAACUUCAUUUGGGAGGGCUGGCUCAUAGUGAUGGCUGGAACAGAAUACAUGGAAUUUCCAUGGUUACCAUGUGUUUGAUAACAUUCUAUUCACUCCAUUCCAGCCAUUAAUAUUAGCGUUCCUCCCCACAGCAGCCUCCUGUGAUAUGUAUAUAACCAGGCACUAUAUUCUAAUAGGCCUAAUGAAUAUGUAGGAAUUUACAUUCCUUCCUUUUUUGUGUUAGAAUUAUUUUGAGACUAAGGAAAUAUCAGGUUUUGGCUCGAACUCUCAAUAUUUGUAAUAGAUUUGUGCCCUUAAAUAUUUACUUAGUAUUAUGUGCAAAUUUAAUACAGUUGUUUGUAGGAUUACAUCAUUGUUGUAAUUUAAAUAAAAUAAUGUAUUUAUGAAA